AUGGCGACAACUCGACCUCGAUUUCACCACCUGAUUCUCAAAUUGCCAUGGAAGAGUCAGGAACGAGGAGUGAAGGAACUUCUGACUAACGUUUCACGUCGUCCGAUGUCAGCCGCUCAUCAAUUGGCAUCGACGGCUCUGGAGGAUUCUGAUAUCAAACCUAACUAUUACGCGAGGCCAUCGCUACUCGACCUCGAUUCCACCACCUGA